ACAUUAUUAUAUAACUUUACUAUAUAUAGUCCCCUAUCAAAGACAGCAUAACAACAGCCUCAAGCUCUAUAGUUAACAAAAACUCAUCAAAUUAUCAAACAAAGAAAAUGUAUGCUUCUACUUCUUUUACUUCACAACAUGUCCAUGAGCUUCUUGUAGAAUCUCACUCAAGAAGGUUACUCUUCCACAAUCCUAUUGAUCACCAAUCACUUAAAAUCAACUCUCAUUUCUUCAUAAACAACGACAAUUCAACGGACCAAACUUUAGGAGGUCGUGAAUUUGAUUCAAAUGUUGUGAUGAUAAUUGCAGUUCUCUUAUGUGUGUUCAUUUGCUUACUUGCAUUAAACUCUAUCAUAAGGUGUGCGUGCGCCUUAAGGAUUUCGAACGUAGCCAUCAACAGCAACGAGUCUUCUUCGAGUUCGAGUAGCAGCUCUUCACCUCAAUUGGCCAACAAAGGAAUCAAGAAGAAAGCUCUUAAGAAAUUCCCGAAAGUGACUUAUUCAACUGAGUUGAAAUUGAAACUACCAGGUUUGGAUACGGAGUGUGUGAUAUGUCUCUCGGAGUUUAGAAAUGGUGAAAAAGUGCGCGUUUUGCCUAAAUGCAACCAUGGUUUUCAUGUAUGUUGUAUUGACAAAUGGCUAAAGGAACACUCAUCAUGUCCCAAGUGUAGACAGUGUCUUCUUGAAACUUGUCAAAAGAUUGGUCGGUCGCAGGUGCAGCCAAUUGUGUUGCCAGUGCUAGAAACCAUUAUACAGAUCCAACUACUAGAACCUGAAGCUUUGGAGUGUAACUCUAGAGAAAUAUGAGCUAAUUCUAAUUACUUUGGUUAUGGUUGAGCAAGAAAGUUUCACUACGGUGAAUUACAGUUUGAAACUUUCGUUUGCUUUACUGUGACCUCAAAUGUAAAAAUACAUUAUUUAAAGUAUUGAGUUCAUUUUUAUAUCAAGCAAGUUAUCUUGUGAUUAUUUGAAAUUUUGAGCUGAGAAUACAUGUAUAUUGUGGUGAUUGUUUA